AUGCGAAGAUCGACGUCUGUUGCCCAUUAUUCUUCGGGCGAGCCCUCACCACAGUUCACCCCUACAUACCCUGUAUACGACGACGAAUUUUCCCAAGACGGCCACGGCUACAUCACCCACGGAGACGAAGAGAACUGGGGUGACGAAGACGACUACAGCGAGUCCGAACAAUCAGUCUUUCACGCCGGUCUACCUGCCACGCCACGCGCACACCCAACCCGCCUCCCGCUGAGGCCCGCACCUCUGCCUCACCAACAACACUACCGCCCGGCACGCCGCGCGCCGGAUCCAGCGCCCACCCUGGAUCCUCAAGAGGAGUACGGGGCCUAUGGCCACGGGUCCUACCCCGGCGGCCAAUAUGGUCGCGGCGGUUACCCAAGAUCAGCCUCUCAGCACCAUCAAGCAUAUGCUGCAUACUUCCCGCCAGGCCAGGUCGUAGGAUACGCUGGUGGAAACCCCUUCAGCCCUGCUGGUAGCGGUUACUCCAGCCCGGCGACAUACCCUCAUGGUCAAGUUCCAGCAAUGUACGGCAACGAAAUGGCCCCGUAUUACCACCAGGGCCAUUACUACCCUCAACAGCCGCCAUUUCAGAUGGCCCCCCAUGCCAUGCAGCUGGAUGUUCCUGCCGCACCCGCCGCACCCGCCGCACCUGCAGCUCCAGCCGGACCGAGCCCACGCGAGCAGGAGCUGGCAGAAAGAAUUGCGCAAUUCGAGAGGGAGAAGCAAAAGCAGGAGCUAGCCGAACGUGAAAAGGAGAUGCAAGCCGAAGCUCACCGAAAAGCUGCCGAGGAGAGUCGAAGAAUCAUGGAACAGAUGGAGAACAUGAAAAAACAAAACGAAAUUGAAUUACAGAGAGCCAAAGAGGAAGCUGCGCGAGCUACCAGAGACGGCAUCGCUGCCGAGGCUGCCGCAGCCGCGGAACGUGCCAGGGUACAGGCAGAGGCUGUGAAGCAAGCCGAGGAACGAGUCAAAGUCAUGUUCGAGGAACAAAGACGAGCUGAGGAAGCUAGGGCAAAGCAGGAGGCAGAAGACAAGGCCAGAAUUGAGGAGGAACAUAAGCGUCGGGUCGAAGCUGCAUUGCGAGCCGAUGCCGAUGCCAAAGCUGCUGCUGCGAAAGCUGCCGCCGAAGAAGCCGCGAAGCUGAAUGCAAUCAGAGAAGAGGCCAAGCGCAAGGCUGAUGCUGAGUUUGCGGCCAAGAUUCAGGCGGAGAAGGACGCGGCCGCCAAGAGGGCUGAAGCAGAAGCACUGGCAAAGGCUGAGAAAGAAGCGUUCAAGAAAAAGGUGGAAGCGGACACACAGGCGGCAAUGGAAGCCAAGGCCAAGGCUGACCGUGGCCCCUUUCUUCAAUUCAAAGAUGCAUUGAAUCGCAAGUACAGCUUCCCAUAUCGCCUGUGUACAACAUGGCCGAAUAUGGAGGAGCUGAUCAAACAAGCAUUUGACAACGUCGAAGAACUGGAGUACCAAGUACACGAAGGGUGGUAUGACUUGGUUGGUCCCAACCAAGAAAUCAUCCUCCCAUCUGUAUGGGCAAAGGUCAUUGAACCAGAGUGGUCCAUUACCAUGUUCAUGUGGCCCUUGGAACGCAUUCAGAGGCAUGCCCGCCUCCCACCGCACUUGGCGGCAAGCAUGGCUAGAGGCCGUGGCAUGGGUGCCCCCCCUAUACCCCCUAUGCCGCCUGCUAUGAGUGGGGGUCGCGGUGGCAUGCCGCCGCCGCCAGAAGCAUGGGCUCAACCUGGACCUCCGCCCGUGCCCCAAGGUAUUCAUGUUGUGCGCGAGCCUAAGAAGGAGAAAAAGAAGAAGCAGGCACCUCCCGCGUUCGUUGGCUUCUUCGGUGGAAAGCCAAUCAAGAAGAAGUAA